AUGAGCUUAUCGAGGGCUGGAAUACGCUCGUUGCUAGUGGGCGGAUUGGUAUUGAGGCCCCUGGCAAGCCGGGUUCCAAUACUGGCUUUGAACGCCAGAAAAACAUGGUACCAAAAGAAUCUCUAUUCAACGACACACGAGUCAAAUAAACAAUCAAAUGUGGGUAGUGGGGCCGCUCCGGAUGGCACUAUAAAUAGUGGUUCUGCCGCUUCGAAUCCCGGUGAGACCCAGCGGGUGUCUCAUGACCUUUUGGCUCAAAAAGAACAAUUUGCAAACAAAGAGCUGAGCAACGCCUUGGCCCAGGCAGAUUUCUAUAAGCUUCUGUUAAAGUCAGACUACCCACAAUAUGUGGUGUCUAGAUUUGAAACCCCAGGAAUCGCUUCGUCUCCGGAAUGCAUGUCUCUUUAUAUGGAAGCUUUGCAAAAAACGGGCCGUCACGCUGACGCCGAAGGCAUUAGACAGAGUCUAGUGGGCGCAACAGUAGGGGCACAGGCCACUGCAGGAUCAACUCCUGGAGCAGAUUACGCAAAACAGUUUUCUGCUGGUUCCUUCGGCCAGGGUGCAUACAACCCUUUCAUUGGAUCGAAAAAAGAACCGUUGCAUGUAGUCGUCACUGAAUCCGCUUUCGCCAUUAUCUCCAGGUGGGUGAAAUGGUUAGUCGUUUUUGGACUGGUCACUUAUGGUCUAUCGGAAGGUUUCAAAUACAUCAGUGAGAACACCACACUGUUGAAAUCUUCAGAAGUAGCAGACAAAUCCGUAGAUGUGGCCAAGACCAAUGUCAAGUUUGAUGACGUGAGGGGUUGUGAAGAGGCCCGUGCAGAACUGGAAGAAAUCGUAGAUUUUUUGAAAGAUCCAACCAAGUAUGAAUCUUUGGGAGGCAAGCUUCCUAAGGGUGUUUUGCUGACAGGUCCCCCAGGUACUGGUAAGACUCUAUUAGCCAGGGCCACGGCCGGAGAAGCAGGUGUGGACUUUUUCUUUAUGUCAGGUUCUGAGUUUGAUGAAGUAUACGUCGGUGUUGGUGCAAAGCGUAUUCGUGAGCUUUUUUCUCAAGCCAGAAGUCGUGCACCAGCCAUCGUUUUCAUUGAUGAGCUCGACGCCAUUGGUGGAAAGCGUAAUCCAAAAGAUCAGGCAUACGCCAAGCAAACCCUGAAUCAGUUGUUGGUUGAAUUAGACGGGUUUUCGCAAAGUAGUGGUAUCAUCAUCAUCGGCGCAACUAAUUUCCCCGAGUCGCUGGACAAAGCUUUGACGAGACCUGGCCGUUUUGACAAAGUGGUGAAUGUUGACUUACCUGAUGUUCGCGGCCGUGCAGAUAUUUUGAAACAUCACAUGAAAAAGGUAACUUUGGCAUCUGACGUUGACCCUUCCAUCCUUGCUCGGGGUACACCUGGUCUUUCGGGUGCUGAACUCAUGAAUUUGGUAAAUCAAGCUGCGGUUUAUGCUUGCCAGCAAAAUGCGAUUGCUGUUGACAUGCAGCACUUCGAGUGGGCAAAAGAUAAGAUUCUUAUGGGUGCAGAGAGGAAGACAAUGGUGUUGACUGAAGCUUCGAGAAGAGCUACUGCUUUUCACGAAGCCGGCCACGCCAUCAUGGCAAUGUACACACCAGGCGCAACCCCCUUGUAUAAGGCUACAAUCUUACCAAGAGGACGAGCUCUAGGUAUAACAUUCCAGCUACCGGAGAUGGACAAAGUGGACAUCACGAAAAAGGAGUGCUUGGCUAGACUUGACGUCUGCAUGGGUGGGAAAAUUGCAGAAGAAAUCGUGUACGGAAAAGAAAACACGACUAGCGGCUGUGGAUCUGACCUACAAAGUGCAACUAAUACCGCUAGGGCCAUGAUAACACAAUACGGUAUGAGUGACAGUGUCGGUCCUGUUAACCUUGCCGACAACUGGGAAAGCUGGUCUGGCAAAAUCCGCGACAUAGCAGAUAAUGAGGUCAUUGAAGUAUUGAAAGCUUCUGAGCAGAGAUCAAGGAAAUUGCUCUCUGACAAAAAUAGAGAACUGGAGCGUCUAGCUGAAGGUCUCAUGGAGUAUGAAACACUAGAUUCGUCCGAAAUUAAACUAGUAUGCAAAGGAGAAUCCCUUUCUAAAGCUAAGAUGAAGACAAACACUGUUGUGGAGGGGCCCGAUAGUGAUGAUAGGAAGGAAAAGGGCGACAAAUCCAAAAUUCCGGUUUUGAUCAAGGCUUGA